GCGAAUCGGCAAGGCCCCUUCCUCCUGAUGCGCCACUGAUAAAUUUUCAUCAGAAGGUCACCGAAGAUGGUCUGUGGAGGCUCCGAGAAUCCUGUAGGCUUUACUCAUCUAUCUAUCCUUAUACGCUUUCAGUUUCUAUAGUCCUCGAUCAUUUAUUUAUCGUGUGGUUCUCACAGACUCGUGUUAGAAACAAUGAGUUUACGGAAUAACGUACGUUAAAGGCUUGAUACUUCGUCUAUAGACAGGGGUUUCAGUGUUCCGUGGAAGUAGCACGACUGCUUCGACAUUUUCUUGGAGUCGACUCGUCCCUAUUGUAUCAGCCUCGUGGGCUCUUGCGCGCCCUGAACCUCUCUUACGAAGAGCAAGCGGCGUGAUGGCGUUCAGAGUUCGCCUCUUUUCGUAAUACAUCCGGAUGCUGCCGUCGUGAGUUGCGAUAAUGACUCCUUUCCGGCAUCCAUACUUUAGGGCGAUCUUCCACACGCAUACACAUGCUCUGCGCUCGUCAGUGCCGCAAUUCGUACCUCGACGAAGCAACAGAGAUGCUUCUUUCUGCCCUGUAUCGUUCUUGUUGCAUUGCAAACAGUUUAUGUUCCGCGAAAGUUUGUUUACCGUUUUGGCAGUCGUAGGAUCGACGGAGGCCUGAUCUGCAUUUUUGGGAUGGGCUGUAGUGCAACAUUUCCUUGAAACAAACAGCACCUUUCUAGCUCAUGAAUUCGUGCACCAAGUGGCAAUUACCAUAGCAACUGUCUGACAAAAUCUCCGCUGCUCGGCUUAAUAUCGUUAUACUUGUCGCUGUCUAUUGUCUUAGGUAUUGUGACCAGCUUUAUUGUCCUCUUCAUACGCCGAACAGACCAGACAAGCAGAAACGUGCAGUGCACCCUGGCUUUCGCCAUAGUCAUGCUUGUAUAAAUCUGUCGGUGGGGAGAUCUGGGGUCGAUAGUCAUAGGCCAUGUGUCGGUCAAGAUACCGAAGGCGAGGAAGAGCGAGUGGAACACAGCGCAAGGCUAGGACAAUAGUGGUCAAGUUCACUUUGAACAUAUAAGUCCUACUACUAUAUCCGCGAUAUCCUUCACUGUGGUCCCCUCUCCUCGCAGGAUGUGGUCCGAAUUUCCUCUCGGGCCUAUUGCUGCCUAUCAUGCGACGGGAAACGAAGAAAGCGACUUGUCUGACCUUAGGGUUGAGCUGCCUUCUUACGACACUCCAGGUCCAUCGAGGCCGUACAGGCAUGCAUCUCGAGAACGGCAGCUCCACGAAUUCUCGUUAGAAAAUGCUGACAAACAUCAAUGGGCGACAGUACGAUUUCAAAGUUGGGCACCAUCCGCCAGGAGCCUCCCGAUAUUUUUUGAGGAUCAGGACAUUACAGGCCAGGUGGACCUGGAUUUGCGGCAGCCAGAGAGUAUAAAAAGCAUCGAAGUUUCUAUUAAAGGGAUUGUGCGAGCUGGCCACAGCGAAACAAACUUCUUUCACAUUUCAGAGACGCUAUGGAAGAAUUCGUUUGGGGACCCUAGAUCUUCAGAUGAACAAGGUCGCGCAAAGCACACUGGAAAGCUGAUUGGGGUGUAUUCCUGGUCCUUCUCAAUACGUUUACCACAUGAGAUUCCAAUCGAGCCGAAACUCGCUAAAGAAUUAAAACUUAAUCGCAUUGAACAUCUGCCGCCGAGUUUACAUGGCUUGGGGUGGAACUCUUUAAUUAAUUAUCGUCUUACGGUGAACAUCAGAAAGCAGGGCAUUUUUAGAUCAGUUAAUUCGAUCUCAACUCUCAUAGGAUAUACACCGACCACACGACCCGAUCCACCUUCUACUGCUCGUCGCAGAGCAUAUAGGGAAAGAACACCUAUUCCUGGACCGAUAUUCGAUCCGAGCGGAUGGCUCAUAUUGCGAGACAUCAGAUUGACUGGAAUUCUCUUCAAGCAACGCGAGGUUACUGUCACGUAUACGCUUGCACUAGCUACACCUCUUGCAUACACUCGCGGAACUGUAAUCCCUUGCCACCUCACCGUCAGGUCAUCCGAUAGGCAGGCCCUUGACCUUCUAGCCAGUCCCUCAGCGCCGCGGGUGACCUUGCGUCGUAAGCUCACGGCACGUAAGGUACUGAUGCCGACAGAAAGGGUUGACCUUACUGCGCUUGAGAAGGACGAUGCCCGACCUCUCGCGAAGGCAAUAUGGGCGCCAAGUGAGCGCAGUGGAAAUGAAUGUCGUCUGAUGGGGGAGUUGAGCAUUCCCGCUGGUUGUCCGCCGAGCUUCAAAUUCGGUGAACUCAAUUUAGAGUAUUUCGUGGACAUUCAUACACCUUGUCCACCUGGAUUCCAGCCGUCGGGUGACCACCUUCUCAAUAGCACCCCAGUGCAGGUAGUCUCUGCAUAUGCAGAAGGAAGCUCCCGCCCCCGCGCAUACAUCACACCUGCGCACGACGCGUCACGACGUGUAGCGCAAGCCGAUGCGCUGGCAGGGAAUUUGGCUGCCUUGUCUCUUGAAAGGACGGCCUCUGAGUCGGAAUCUCACAGGACCGGAUUUACUUCUCGACCGGGCACGAGUUCGGGUGCGCCAACUGGGUCGUUGGCGCGAUUUGAUACGCAAGGCGAAGUACAGGACGUCAUUCGUUCGGUAUCUCCAAUUUUACCGGCCGGUAGGAGACUAAAUCGACGGUUUAGUGCACUCUGAAAUAUUUACCAAUGACAACUUGUUAUUCGAUGUCGUGGUUGCUUUCAUUUUCUAUCGUUCGUUCAGGAUUAAAAUAUCUAUUUAUGUAUUUAUGUAUUUAUGUAUUUAUGUAUUUAUGUAUCUGUGAACUGUAACCGCCCAAUGGCGGAGUUAAUUAUACUCGC